AUGGUUGCCGUUUAUCACUUAUUUGACGUUUUUUUCUUAGACUCUGAGCAAAUAACACACUCCUUUAAAGCCAGAGGCGCGUUCAAUAACAUAAUAAAACUGGUAGAAAGUGGACAAGAAGCAAGAUUGAAAAAGAAAGGACUAACUACGACAUCUAGUGGUAAUGCAGGCAUUGGAUAUGCCUUGGCAUGUCACACGUUUGGUAUACCCCUACAAGUUCAUGUUCCAGAUCAAAUCACCGAACUGAAAGAAAGAAUGAUGGUCAAAUACAGUGCUGAAGUGAUCAAGCACAAACUUGACUAUAUGGAUAUUAUCACGAUGGCGGAAACUUCAGCAAGGGUCCGUGGAACUGAACUGAUUGAUUCGUGCAAUUAUAUUGAUGUACUUGGAGGCAAUGGUACAGUGGGAUUGGAGAUUUUAAACGACUUGCCCGAUGUUGAUGUAAUAUUUCUUCCAGUAGGCGGGGGUAGUUUGAUUUCUUCAACAGCAGUAUAUGUUAAAACUGUCAACCCGAAAAUUCAGAUUAUUGGAUGCCAACCAGAGACAAACAGUGCAAUGGAACACUUAGUUCGCACCGGUAAGUACGACAAGCUGCUAUUACAAGACACUAUUAGUGAUGCCACAGAAGGAGAUGUGUACGAGAAUUCGGUUAUCGAAACUGCCAGUGCUUUGCCAAUUGCUGCGUUUCUGUCUGUGGCUGAAGAUUAUAGAGACAAGAAAGUUGCACUGGUCAUCACUGGAUCUAAUAUAGGUUGCGAGAAAAUUAAAUACAUCCUUCAGAAUUAUUCUCAACAUACUUUUUAA